AUGGGUUCACGACCACCAACGAUCGAGACCCGAUCGCGGUCCCAUGGCCCUCUAGGCUCAGAUUACGAACCCUCAUUGCGCCCUCUACCAUCUCCACGCCUACAUGUCGCCGGCGAUGUUCCCCCCGAGCUGUCACCGCUCGAUGCCUUCGCCGCGCAGAGUCGGCUCCUGGCGAAGAAGUUAGAGGAGGGCAUGAAGGGAGAGAACCGUAUGAGCCGCUUGCCACCGCUUUCGAGUGAGAGUCCUUUGAUCGCUUCGCGGCCGGGUUUUUUCCGUUCUGCUUCUGCCCGUGAUGCAGAGAACAUUCUGGCUGAUCCUCAGUCGUCUCGUCUUGGGAUGAGAACGGAAGUCGAUGAGCCUACGCUUCGGCCUAUAUCGGUGUAUCCUAGAAUGAGCAAAAUCCCCAGUCCCGGCCUGCUGCUCAAUUUUCCUCCUAUUCACGAUGAUGAUGAUGAAGCCAGCCGCGGACGGAAACCCUCGGGGCCUGGAAACAACAUUAUGCGCAGUCGAACGGAAGAGUCCCCGGGGCCAAUCGGCCAGCUUCCCAGCGGUAGAGUGCAAGACCGCUCUCCAUCUCGCUUGUCAAGCCGUCCGAGCAUUGAUUCGAUAUCACAGCAGCGCUCCUACGACGUCCGCGCUCUUGCCCCUCCUCGAUCUCCCUUUUCCCCAAAGAUCCCUAGUCUGAGGUCAAUAUCUGCGGACGGUUCGGAUGAAGAGUCGGCAGCAACUGCCCUGUCGGAGAGAAAUAACCUGCGCAAUCUCUUGUCGAGCAGUGGCUUAUCGACGUCGCCUAUCUCGCCAUUCAUACCUAGAUCACCGUCCGUCUGUUCUGACGUCUCUGCCAGCACCAAUCGGCUUUCUAGGCCCGCGUUCAAUUUUUCAAGGCCACUGAGUCGCGCCGAGCCACCGGCAGAAAUGCUCAUGCGGCAGGCAUCAAUGGUCAGUGAGCGGUUUCUGUCUAGGGACGAUACGGCUCGAAUGCCCUCGAACUUGUCACCUGAAAUACCUCCGGCAGGAACUCAAGAAACCCCGGCCCCUUCAACCAUAUACUCUACAUUUGCUCUCCCACGUGGUAAAAUUCCCGAGCCUGGUUCAUUAACCAGCCCGGAAUUGGAACAGCCUUCCAAUUCAAAUCAAUCAGAUCCGCCGCAUCCCUCAUCAAGCAAAACUGAUACGUCUCCGCCUCGUGCAAACCAGGACCCAAACGCAGAGAAGUCUGCAGAGUGGCAUGUAACAAAAGGAAUAGAAUGCCACGAGAACGGCUCAUUGAACGAGAGUACCUAUCAUCUCAGGAUUGCAGCGCGGCAAAAUCACCCUACUGGCAUGCUGCUGUAUGCGCUUGCCUGCCGACACGGCUGGGGGAUGCGUGCAAAUCAGCAAGAAGGUGUUCAAUGGCUCAGAAAGGCUGCUGACUCCGCCAUAUUGGAAGUGAAUGAAGAUGAAAGUUCCGCCAAAGGAGGACAGGCUGUGGAUGUCGUAGAUCAGAAACAAAGGAAAGCUCAGUUCGCACUCAGCAUGUGCGAAUUGGGAAUGAGUCACCUCAAUGGCUGGGGUAUUGAGCAAGAUAAAGUGCUUGCGUUGCGGUGCUUUGAGAUCGCUGGUGCAUGGGGCGACGCGGACGCACUUGCAGAAGCUGGCUUCUGUUAUGCUCAGGGAGUCGGAUGCAAAAAGGACAUGAAGAAAAGCGCCAAAUUCUACCGUAUGGCCGAAAGUAAGGGGAUCAGCAUGGUUGGCAACAGCUGGAUCCAUAAGAGCAAGUACAAGGAAGACACCGUUGAGGGUGAUACAUCUGGGCCAAAGAAAUAUCGCAAUAAGUCACAGACUCGGUUCAUAUUCGCUCGCAAGAAGUCAUCUUGA